GUGAGAACUAUUUGGGCUCACUUCAUUUGCAGCUGCGAAGGUGUUAAAAUGUGUUGCAGUUGUUGUAGCGUAACUCAGCAGAAAAUAUGGGUUUUUCUACUAGCCGCGGUGUUCCUGGGGCUAGGAUUGCUCUUCGUAAUUUGGUGGCCAAACUUUAUAACUGAUAAAGUCUACGAGAUGCUGCCACUCAGUCCCAGCUCGGCCACAUAUGACAAAUGGGUGCAGGCACCCAUACCGGUCUACUUGCACAUGUACCUUUUCAAUUGGACAAACCCGGACCAAGUACGCACAAAGGGUGUCAAGCCGAAUUUCCAGCAAGUCGGACCAUUUGUUUAUAGAGAGGAUAAACUCAAAGAUGAUGUGACUUGGUACGCAAACAAGACUGUAUCUUUCUACGGACAGCGAACGUGGUACUUUGAACCCGAGAUGUCGGGGGCGUCGCUGGAUGAUUUAAUCACGUGUCCACAUAUACCAUCUUUGGCCGCUGCGAGCGUGAUGCGAGAUGAACCGAAAUUAAUCAAAUUUGGUUUCAAUAUUGCGCUCAAUAACAAUGGCGGUACACUCUAUCAGACACACACGGCCGGUGAGUGGCUUUUCGACGGUUUUUACGAUGAAUUCCUUGCCUAUGCUAUAAAGCUAAAUAGCUCCUUGGUAAGCUCUGUCGAUUCGGAUCAUUUUGCUUGGUUUCUUAACCGCAACGGCUCUAAAGAGUUCGAGGGCCUAUUCACCAUACACACCGGUCAGGGUGAUUUGAGUCAAAUGGGCGAAAUUAAAUUUUGGAAGGGUUCAAAUCACACUGGCUUCUAUGAGGGCGAGUGUGGGCGUGUGAAUGGCAGUACCGCCGAUCUGUGGGUACCGAAUAUUGGACCCGAAGAGUACAUCACUGUCUACAUUACCGAUACUUGCCGUAUUAUCAAUCUGGUGCCAACUGGUGAGACUGAAAUCGAAGGUAUCAAAGCAACGGUAUAUGAGACAAAGCCGGACACAUUUGAUAGUGGUCAACGUAAUCCCGAUAUGAAAUGUUAUUGUCCACGGGACAAGCAACCGGACAAUUGUCCGGCGUCUGGUGUAACCGAUCUCAGUCCGUGCACUGAAGGUGUGCCUAUGUACAUGUCGCACCCGCAUUUCAUGUAUGCCGAUGAGAGCUACGCUAAUACGAUUACCGGUCUCAGUCCCGAUUAUGAUAAGCACAAAUUCUUCAUUGUUAUGGAACGGAAACUGGGUAUACCGUUGCAGGUGAAUGCCAAUGUCAUGGUCAGUCUACACAUGCGGAAUGACAGUGAUAUAACCAUAUUGCGUGACAUACCGGAGUUUUAUGCGCCACUUUUUGUGACCUCCAGUAAGGCUGUAGUCAAUAAGGCGCUUGCUAAGGAAAUCAAGCUCGCUUUGAAUAUGCCAAGUAUUGGUUUAUAUUCAGGAAUCGCUUUUAUAGUUAUAGGCGUUAUCAUGGCAACUAUUGGAAUAGUCUUAACCGUCACUCACCGCUGGUGCGGAGAAUCUUAAAAUAAAUAUGCACAAUUUUUUAACCCUUUACAGGGAGAUAGAUAUAAAACAUUUUUAUUAUGACUUUUACAAA